UUGAUUCCGAGGUUUCCGUCCGCUCUGUCGAUCCAUAAACGUAGUCUGCGAAAAAAAGAAAUAUUUUUGAUUCGGCCGGUGUGCCUCGAAGAUGCCUCCGAAAGUGGUUGUGCUGGAAGCAACCAAUAACAAGGUGGACAAGGCUGGUCCGCAUCAGAAGAUAGCAUCACCCUGGCAACGGACCAUAGCGUCCUGCUUUUACAGCGGACACAUUGCGCCCCUGCUACUCACACCCCUACUCUUGGCACGUUCGCAGAGUCCAUGGCUUGUGUAUGUGUUUGCCGUGAGCCUCGCGUGGCUCAUCCUCGAGACGAUCCCCGUGCCCAUGGCGUCACUGUUGCCCAUUUUCACAGCGCCCACGUUGGACGAAUACACGCCCGAUGCCGCAUUCUCAUCCGCGGAGAGCUCCUUGUUAAAUCUUCUCGCCUGUGGUAUCCUUGUGUCCGCGGCAGAGGAAACCAAUCUGUUUAGCAGAGCUGCCCUGUGUCUUCUUGCAACGUUCGGCUACCGAACCCGAGCCCUGCUGGGUGCCUUCUCGCUGUGCGCCCUGUGUGUCAGUCAGUUGGCCACAAAGGGCCCAGCGACCCUUCUGCUGUGUGCCCUCGUGGAUGCCACCAUCUUUGAGGUGCAAUCUGACGUCAUCGCCAGCACAUUCCCUCACGUCGUUGAACGGGAGCGUCCCAAACAGGUGAUAACGACAGUCGGCGUGGGAGAAGAACAAGGUGCAACAGCCAUCUCGGUGCUUCAAAUGACACCCUACACCUGGACACCCGAGUCGGAAUCCUCGCGUAACGUACUGACACCUUCGGGGCAAACCACAGACAGCAGUUAUUCCAGGCUGGACAAGAUCAAGAUUGAAGUGGAAGGCGUCGUACGGGGCAACGCCAAUCGAAGAUCCAUACUAAAAGCUGAAGACACCCAGCAGGUCGCCGCAAGAAGAGCGCAGCAGUUCCAAGCCAUCCGGAAAGGUCUGCUACUAGGCAUCGCCUACUGCUGCAUACUCGGAGGCCUCGGAAACGCUACGGGGGACGUCGCAAUUCUUCCACUGCAGGCGUGUUUCCGAAAAAAGUACGGCGAAGAGAGCGUCGGCAUACUGGGCUGGACGAUGGUCGGACUCCCUGCGGCGGUACUCGCCGUUGUUCUCAUCACAGUCGCCAUAUUCUACAGAUAUCUUUACCUGCACGAUUUCCAGGAAGAGAAACAUAUUCACCAUAUUAUCAAAGAAAACAUACGAAGGAAGAGAAACAUCAUCGGGGAAAGGCGGAAGAAAGAGCGCCUGUUCACCACAAUUUAUGCAGUCCUCUGCCUGGCAUGGAAAAUUCAGCACACGGUCCCGAUGUUUCCGAGCCUCGAGGGCUAUCUUCACUUGAAGCACCUCGACGAUUCCACUCCCAGCUUUAUUGCAGUAAUACUAAUGACCGUGGUAUGCCGUUCGUGCGACAAUGCCUCCUCGUCGGUUUGCAGUCGAUGCGAGACAAAGCGUCAGCCGUGGUGUUGCUGCUCUGUCCCCUGGAGGGCUCUUCUGACCCUGUCUGGAGGGAUGGCUCUGGCAAAAGUGGCCCAGGCAGCUGGCAUUGUGGGCCUCAUGCUCAGAGCAGUGCGCUUCCAGCUGACUGGUUGGUCUCCUCUCCAGACUCAGAUUGCCCUGACUGUGGCAUCGUCCUUGCUUGCUGAGCUGAGGGUAGCCAAGGGCCUCAUCGCUAUCGCCAUGGACUUGGGAGUACAAGGCAAGGUCCACCCGCUGUACUACGCCUUCCCAGUGGCACUAGCACGGUCCACGGCAUCACUGCUCCCGUCAGCCACGCCGGCCAUUGCCAUUGUCCACUCAAUUGCAGAUAUACGAUGCACAGAACUGGUAGCGACAGGGCUGGUGGCCAAGAUCCUUGCCAUGAUUGCCAUAACAAUCUCCGUCAAUCUAUUCGGCAACGAUCUCUACCACCCCUUUGCGCAAAUAACAUGUGCCAACUGCUCGGAGGAUGCCGGGUACCUCGAAUGCUACUACUGAAUGCUCUAUAUAUAACCACCCUCGUGAUCACCUACCUGCCGCCGAACAAUGCUAGCAGUCACAUCUUUGUUUCCUCACCUCCACGAAGCUUUUCUUCAGUGUGGAAAAUCCAAGACACGUACGGUCUUCUCUAGAGUCGGCUGCGGUGUCAGGAACUCUCUCGUCACCCUGUUGAAUUCUUCGAUAGCUAGUUGCGCCUGAAGACGUGCAAUGUCGUCAGAUGUGUGACCGUACAGUUGUUUCAGUUCUCUGUGCAGGGCCCUUAGUUCUUCCGGAAUUACCUGAAUAACGAGACACAUAUGUGGCAGGUAGAAAUAAACAUAGUACAAUUCAA